UCUCUUUCCUAUCUUUUCUCCGUUUCAUCCUUAUCCUCUUCCGCUCUGUCUACAUUUAUAUAUAUAUAUAUAUAUCCAUGCUCAUGUACAAUGGCCAACAUGCAUACAAUGGCCAACAUACAUCUGUUGUGUAGUUUUGCGUUGCUGGCUUUGUCUUUGGCUUUCGCUGAUGCCAAUAGCUGUGACAAAGUUGGUGUUUAUCAGCUCAAGAGAGGAGAUUUCUCUUUGAAGUUCACAAACUAUGGUGCCACUAUGCUCUCUGUCAUCGUCCCUGAUAAAAAUGGAAAGUUAGCCGAUAUUGCUCUAUCAUUUGAUUCGCUGGAGGACUACAAGAAUGAUACAUGCUACUUUGGAAAUAUUGUUGGGCGUGUAGCCAACAGAAUUGGGAAGGCUCAAUUUACUUUGAAUGGCACUCGAUACCAACUGGUUAAUAAUGAUGGAGAUAACUUGCUCCAUGGUGGACGCAGAGGGUUUGGUGAUGUUAUAUGGACAGUGAAGAGCCACAAAGAAGAUAGCCAUAUAACAUUUACUUAUGAGAGCUUUGAUGGUGAACAAGGUUUUCCUGGUGAUGUUGUUGUCUCAGUGACAUACAAGUUCAUAGAAUCGAACAAGUUAGCUGUUGAAAUGCAUGCUAAGGCACUUAACAAGCCCACCCCAGUGAAUUUAGCCCUCCACACUUACUGGAAUCUUGGUGGCCAUGACAGUGGUGAUAUUUUUGCACACAAAAUCCAAAUCUUUGGAUCACAUAUCACCCCAGUUGAUGAUGAACUCAUUCCAACUGGUGAAAUCUCUCCUGUUAAAGGAACUCCCUAUGAUUUUCUCGAGGCUCGUGAGAUUGGUAGUAAGUUCAAAGAGUUGCCUAAUGGAUAUGACAUCAACUAUGUGCUAGACAAUCCGAAUCCUGGACACUUGAAGAGGGUAGCUGUGGUGGAGGAAAAUGCAUCAGGGAGAAAAAUGGAGCUCUGGACUAAUCAGCCUGGGGUGCAGUUUUAUACAAGUAAUAUGUUGGGACAUGUAAAGGGGAAAGGUGGAUUUGUUUACUCAAAUUAUGCAGGAAUUUGCUUGGAGACUCAAGGGUUCCCAGAUUCAGUGAAUCAUCCCAACUUCCCUUCUCAGAUUUUAUAUCCCGGAGAGACUUAUAAGCAUGUUAUGGUUUAUAGAUUCACUGCUAAUUAACUUUUUUUCAUAAAUAUUUAGGUAUAGGCAUAGGUUGCAUUUAUAACAAAUUUUUUUUCUUCAACUUUGCUGGCUUAGCCCAAAUAGGCUCUCUGAUAUUACUUAUGUUUUUAGUAUUCGAUGAAUUGAAAUUGUCCCAUAUACAAGUUCUGCUUUUCAUUCAUAAAUAAUACUAAAACUUAUAUUUGCCAGGCCA